AUGGACCAUAACCAUCAUCAUAUUGAGCUUCUUCACUUCUUCCCUGGUCAGAACCUCCACUACCAACGCCAUCCACCCUCAUUACGGGCACCACCGGCUUUCGAACAAGACCGAGACCCAAAACCAACCGAUACCCUCCGGGUUCUUCGUCGAGUGAUGGACACCGCUACCACCGUCACUAUCCCCCCGGUUACCGGCAAUCAUUUACAAGUAACACCACCAGCUUCAACUACCUUUUCAACAACCAGCUCUUCAACAACCACCAACCCUAGUACCUUCGUCGAUAUUACCACCACCGCGGCCACCCCAGUCCUAACCACUGCCACUACCGCCCCCAAAAUCAACACCAACACCAACACCAACACCAACACCAACACCAACACCAACACCAACACCAACCACCCCUCCCAACCCUCCCAAUCCUCCUCCGCCCACACCACCACCACCGCCGCCUCCCGCCACGAAAUCAUCCUCCUAGCCCUCGGCAUCUUCAUCCUAGUCGCCCAACUAGCACUAAUCAUCUGGGUCGGCGUGCGUCGACGGCGGUUUUCUUCUUCGGGUUCCGGAACUUCGGGUUCGGGUGCUUGUGCGUAUCAUCAUCAGUGGCAUAGGGAGAAUUGUCCUAGGGAGUUGAAUGGGUUGCAACUCGAUGGACGGGGAAGCGGUGGAAUGGGGCAUGGGCAUGGGCAUGAGAAUGGGGGGGAGUGUUUGUGGAAGGAGGCUUUUGGGAGUGUGGGGGAGAGUCCGACGAGUCCGGGGGGUUGGAGGGGUGAGAGGAGUUUGGGGUUGAGGGUUGGGGAGGGGGUGGAGGGGGUGGAGGGGGUGGAAGGGGAAGUGGAAGGGGAAGUGGAAGGGUCUGGUUCCGGGACUGGGACUGGAUCGGGGUUUGAUGAAGAUUUGGGUGAGAAUGAGAAUGCGGGUGAAGGUGUUGGUGAGGGUGUACGCAGCCGGGGCAACUCUGUUGUUAUCGCUGGUGCGCACGAGUUUGUUGAAAGGGUGAGGAAGAGGAGUAAUAGCUUGGGCACGUUUCUCAAGGGGAUAGGGGCAGGGAAAGGACAGCAUGUCCAAGUGAUACCUGAAGAGCAAAAGGCAGUGACGAGAAAGAGAAGCAACACUUUCACAAUGGGGUUGGCCAGAAGAAUCAGCGGUGGUGGUGAGACUGGCCUCAGAGAACGCAAGGGGUCUGCUGCCACUGCCACUGCCACGACCACUGCCAGGGAAGGAGAUGUUGAGAUGGGCGUUGGAAGGACAAGUGGGCUGAGUACAGAUUUUGGAGGGAAAUUUGAUGGAACUGAGGAGCAAGAUGGUGGUGGUGGUAGUGAGAGGAGGCGUGGAUCCUGGGUGCAAGUUCUCGGGAGACAUUCUGGGUUGGGAAAUCAACUUGGGGUGCAGGAUCCGGAGAAAGGAGGCUAUUGGUAUUGGAAAUCCUGA